CACACCAAGAAUUGGGAGAGGGGGUCAUAUAAGUACUAUUUCUUAGCUUUUUGGUUGUUGGAUAACCCCCAAUUCUUUGUUUCAAAGCUCUUAUAUUUUGAUUCUCUCUCUUCUGGGUUUGGUCAAGAUUUUAAUUUUCAUUUCUGGGUUAGGCUUCAAUUACUGCUUUGGUGCUUAUAUUAGAUUCAAUUCAAGGACAUACAAAAUUUUGGUUUUUAAGGUUCUGUUGGUUGGAAAUUUGGAUCUACCUUUUGGUCUAGAAGAUUUGGAAGAUUCUCCCUUUUUAUCGAUUUCAAAACAGUGCAAAGUUUGUAUAUUUUUGCAGACAGAUCUCCUGAAGCGUGCUCAAGCUAGGUUUUAGCUUGUAAGGUGGCUUAAAUUUUCUGUAUACAGUUGAAUCUUUGAGAAUUUUGGGUUAUUUAAAAGAUGACAAUUGGGGAUAUAACACCAAAGAAGGAGAGGAAGUCAAGGAGGAGCAAACAUGUUGUUGAUGAUACAGCUCCCUUGUUACCUAAACGACAAGAUGAAGAUGCUGGUUAUGAUGAAUUUAAUGGAGCUUCUUUUACUGGGGCGGUGUUUAACUUAUCAACAACAAUUGUUGGUGCUGGGAUCAUGGCCUUGCCUGCUACAAUGAAAGUUCUGGGACUGAUUCUUGGGAUAGCUAUGAUCAUCUUUAUGGCAUUCUUAACUGAUGCCUCGAUUGAGUUCUUGCUUAGGUUUAGUAGGGCUGGAAAAACUACUUCUUAUGGAAGUCUUAUGGGGGAUGCAUUUGGAAAGUAUGGAAGAAUCUUUCUGCAAAUCUGUGUUUUAGUUAACAACAUUGGUGUUCUCAUUGUGUACAUGAUUAUUAUUGGUGAUGUGCUUUCUGGAACAUCAUCUAGUGGAGUUCACCAUGCUGGUGUCCUUGAAGGGUGGUUCGGAGAACACUGGUGGGAUGGGCGUACCUUUGUCCUUAUUGUCACUACACUGGGCAUCUUCUCUCCAUUGGCAUGUUUCAAACGGAUCGAUUCCUUAAGAUUUACAUCUGCCUUAUCAGUUGCUCUGGCAGUUGUGUUUCUUGUUAUUACCGUAGGAAUAGCCAUUAUCAAGUUAAUAAGUGGAACUAUAAUGAUGCCUAGAUUGCUACCUGAUGUCACCGAUUUGACCUCAUUCUGGAGACUCUUCACUGUAGUCCCUGUUUUAGUCACGGCAUAUAUCUGCCACUACAAUGUUCACAGCAUAGAUAAUGAACUAGAAGACUCUACCCAGAUAAAACCAGUUGUGCGUACGGCACUUGCUUUAUGCUCAACUGUUUACAUAAUGACAAGCUUUUUCGGCUUCCUUCUAUUUGGUGAUUCGACAUUGGACGAUGUGCUAUCCAACUUCGAUACUGACCUUGGCAUUCCUUAUGGCUCCCUGCUUAAUGACGCUGUCCGUGUUAGCUAUGCUGCUCACCUCAUGCUUGUAUUUCCCAUCGUCUUCUACCCGUUGCGACUCAACAUGGAUGGUCUCCUAUUCCCAUCUGCAAGGCCGCUAGCUCUGUCUAAUAUGAGGUUUGCUUUCACUACUGUUGGACUCAUCACACUUAUCUUCUUGGGUGCAAAUUUCAUCCCCAGCAUCUGGGAUGCAUUCCAAUUCACUGGAGCAACUGCUGCGGUCUGCCUUGGUUUCAUUUUUCCUGCUGCUGUUACUCUUAGGGAUCGCCACUCUAUAGCAACAAAGAAGGACAAAAUCUUAGCUAUUUUCAUGAUUGUGCUUGCUGUAUUCUCGAAUGUGGUUGCUGUGUAUAGCGAUGCCUAUGCUAUGUUUAAGAAGAAUUCAGUAACAGAACGCACAGCAUGAUCUCUCUGGAGAAGAGAGAUGGUCAUGUGUCCUUUGAAGAUUACCUUAUUUAUGGCAUCAUUGGAGGUGUAACUCGAAAAUCUGGGUUUUCAAAUGAGGUUUGAUAAGCUAUUUAAUAAGAUGAUGAAGUUGAAGAUGACGAUGAACCUUUUCUUCCAAUGUAAGAAGUUGGAUCGUUGUGCAAGUGAAUGAAGUUUCAUAUAUUUUCCCAUUGUAUCGUUUCCAUUAUUGUACUUCUUCAUGCUUAAUUCGAAUCAUGUUGUAGACAUUAAAAUCUUGUAAAAUUGCAAAUGAAAUCUUCCUGUUUGUUUAUGCUUAAGAUAUUAAA